CUUAACUUGACGGUCUGAGGUCCUCCUGGCGCACAUGCUGCUGCCAGACAACAACUCUAUCACAAUCACAUUGACACAACUCAAAUUAAGAAAUGAAAAAUUCAAACAUCACGUCUUCACCGUGAACAGAUGGUCCGAUUCAUUGCUUCACGACUGGUCAAUUGCACUCUUGAAGCCUUCUUUGGUCGUUAUCCCAAAUGUUCUCUCUCUAGCCGAACGUGCUUUAGAUGAAUGACAACGAAAAUCCAGCGCCGGCGGGUGAUGAUGGAUUCAUCUCCGCCGAAGACGCGUCAGUGACAGCACAAGAUGACACCGACUCCGCCUUCUCCGACGAUAAUCAAUCGCGACUGAGCACGUCUCUUCGGUCGUCGGUCUACGCCUACAGAUACGAAAAUGGCCGCACCUACCACGCGUUUCGGGAUGGGGAGUAUCCGAUCCCCAACGACGAGGAGGAACAAGACCGUCUCGACCUGCUGCACCAUCUGUUCAAGAUGAUCCUAGGAGGGGAUCUGUUCAUCACCCAGCUCCCGUCGUCACCUCAACGUAUUCUCGACAUUGGCACAGGAACCGGAAUCUGGGCCGUCGAGUGUGCCGACCUCUACCCGUCGGCCACCGUCAUCGGCACCGACCUUUCUCCCAUCCAGACCGCCUGGGUCCCGCCCAACCUGAGGUUUUAUGUCGACGAUGCCGAGAGCGACUGGGUCUUUGAUGACGUUGGACAGUUUGACUUUAUCCACGCCCGCGCCUUGUGCGGGGGCAUCGCGGAUUGGCCGAAGCUGUACGCCCAGGCGUACGACAACUUGUGUCCUGGGGGGUGGUUGGAGAUGCAGGACCACGAAUGCUGGCUGAACAGUGACGACGGUGGCAUGGAUCGGGCCCCCGCGUGCACCGAAUGGAUCCAUGAAGUGGACAGGGCCAGCAUCAUGUUCGGAAAGAAGCUCAACAUUGCCCAUCAACACCGUCAAUGGAUGAUCGACGCUGGAUUCCAGGACGUCCGGGAAGUUGUCCACAAGAUCCCUAUUGGACCUUGGGCCAGGGAUCCCAAGUUGAAGGAGCUUGGAAGACUGAUGCGAGUGCAGAUGACCCAGUCUGUCCCAUCGUUCAUGCUCGCAUACUACGUCCGGAUACUGGGUCAUAGUCGGGAGCGUACCGAGGUCGCAAUGGCCCAGGUCAAACGUGAAUUUCGGGAUCCCACGUUACACAUAUACCUGAGAUGGCAUUUCGUGUCAGGCAGGAAACCGGAAACAGCUUAGAUGGGAUCUCCCGUAUCUGGCUGGCUGUGCACUAUUCGUGGGCGGCAUUCAGGUCUUUCAGAACACUGCCGCAAAUCCUGUCGUUGAUUCUCUGGGCAGGGCGUUGGACUUACGAUCAUUGUCAAAAAGUAAUAGGGCGACCUCCAUACUGUUAUCGCUUUAAUGUUUGGAGUCGUAUUGUGAAGAAGAAAGGCCCCGGGCCUGGAUAUGGCGAUGCACAGAAUAUCUAUACGUACUGUCAGGAACGCCAAGCAAUUAAAUUGCCAUUAUGGACUCUGAGGUCCACCGUAUG